UCAGACAUCCGAAGGUGAUCCAGUUGGGAGUCCAUCGUAACAACAGCUCGCAUUAUGCCCAGGAUGAGCGCCGAGAAAGGGACUUAAUCGUUGUGAGCCGCUUAUAAGAGCGCGACAGUCGAAUGCUUCAUUCAGUUCAGUUAACGUGACCCAAGGCAAACCAGUCCCUGGUGCUUAUCUAACGAUAAAAUUGCUUAUCGUUUUCCUCUUUUUUCGCAUCUGUCAAUUUUCUGUCCACGGUUAGGCAGUGACUGCAUAGAAAAAUUGUGGUGCGAGUUCCUUUGGCGUUGAAAAAAGUAAACUUGUCAUUUUCCUUUUAAUGCAAGUUUUAUUUGAUUCAAGUUUCAGUGCGAAAGUGUUUGAAAGACACGUGAAUUUAUGUGUUUGGAAUUUAUGUGUACUGUGAAUGAAUAAUUCAUUGUUGAUUAUGGAUGAGAAAGUAUAAACAUUCUUGUGAAUUGAGAGAAGCAAGUAAAGGCGGGCUACUUUCAUUCGUUACAGUUAACCGUCAUCAAGAUUAAUAUCGUGACAAAGGGACGCAUUCACAGCUACCAAGAACUCGAUUUUUUUCAAUCACCUCGUAUUAAAUUGUCCAAUCCCGAAAGAUCUUAUCGAAACGAAUUGUCUGGAAUUUAAAGCGCCAUUAGACGUUGAUUACGCCUCGCAUGAUACCAAUUCGUUUAUGGCAGCGUUCGACUCGGAGAAACUUGAAGAGCGCGUCGUUAAAAGCAGCCAGCUUCUUCCGGAAAGUUUCAUCUGCAGAUUCCCGUUGGAGCAACCUUGAAAACUUUAACUGGCAGUCUUUUAUUUUAUUUCUUCGUUGAAACUAGAAAUUUAACGGGUUAAUACUGCAGGAAAGUGACGAGUUAAACUCGAUUUGAAAAAGAAAUAUAUGUGUGAACUAAGUGAACGUAAAAUGAAAAAGAAGUUAAGGGAUGAAAAGGAAAGAAGUUACAAAAGCUUGUAAACAGUGUAAAUCGUAUUAGUGAAAAAAUUAAUUACAGGAUUCUAAAUUCAAAAUCCAGUCAUGGCACCACCAGAAACCGAAGAGAGUCAUUCGAUGCUCGGCUAUCGUUCGGUAGAUUAUGUGAAAGUGACGAAGGCCGAAAAUGUUUGCGAAGAUAUUGAAAAUAACAAUACAUACGACGAAGAGAAGAUAUUCGACGACAGAAACGAGCUACCGCAAUAUUCGUCAAAUUCUAAAGGUGUAUUUGCACAGUGUUUAGUAUGCGGUGCAGUUUUGUUACUAGCAACCGGUGGAGGAAUGCCAAUUGGUUACAGCGCCAUUCUCCUACCACAAUUAGCUCAAGACAAUGGUACAAUGCAUGCUGAUCAAGAGCUCGGAUCUUGGAUAGCUUCGGUACAUAGCCUUGCAUCACCUAUGGGCUCCCUACUGUCAGGUCCAUUGUUAGAUGGGAUCGGUAGACGCGGUGCCUUGCGACUUUCAGCCAUACCUCUCUGUGCCGGGUGGAUUAUUAUGGGCUUUGCCAACAACAUCCCCUACAUUUUAACAGCAAGAAUCGUCUCCGGUUUUUCUAUCGGUCUAAUGGCGGUGCCAGCUCAGGUGUUGUUAGCCGAAAUGGCGGAUCCAGGACUCCGCGGAAUUCUAACAGGAAGCACACUAACCUUCUACUGCCUCGGUAUCGUCAUAAUAUACGCCUUAGGGGCCGUAUUAGCUUGGAACAUUGUGGCACUUUGCGGUACUGUACUUCCGGCGAUGGCGUUGAUCGCUCUAAUCUUGAUACCGGAAAGUCCAGCGUGGCUAGUAAGACGGAACAGACCCGACGAAGCUAAGAAAGCUCUCUUAUGGUUGAGGGGAGGAAAUUCUAAACAGGUUAACUCAGAGAUAGCAGUUUUAGAAGCGAGGGCAAAAACGGACUUGGCACGAACAACUGCUAAUGUAUCGCUGCUUCAACAAGUUUCCGCGGCAGUUUCCACCAUUCUUGAUCCAAGCGUCCUGAAACCUUUGACCAUCAUCAAUAUCUUCAACAUACUGCAAUUAAUUAGCGGAACCUACGUCGUUGUCUUCUAUGCCGUCAAUUUCAUUGAAGCAGUUGGUGGUAACAUCGUGAAUAAUUAUGUGGCAGCUGUAAUUACGGGGAUUGUCAGGCUAUUAUUCAGUUUAAUGGCAAGUGUUUUAUUAUUGAGAGUAGGGAGAAGAAGUUUGGGAAUAUUUUCGGCUCUGGGCACUGCUGUUGCUUCGCUGAUUCUUGUGGGUUACAUGGUUUUGUCGAAAGGACCAUCUUCUAUCGAUAUUUAUGUCAUUGGCAUUUGUUUACUGUUAUACGUCGGUGCAAACACUUUGGGCCUCAUGACACUUCCAGUACUAAUGGUUGCCGAGCUACUUCCGCAAAGAGCGCGGGGAAUCGGUGGCGGCUGCAACUACUUCCUCUUUAAUUUACUCAUCUUCGUAGUUACAAAAAUUUUCCCUACGAUGUGCGAGGCGGUGGGUGUCGUCGGCAUCUUCACCAUUUUUGGAAGUGCCGCCAUUUUAGAAGCAGUAUUUAUCUACCUUGCUCUACCGGAAACGAAAAAUCGUACUCUUGAAGAAAUUGAAAAUUAUUUUCAGCAAGACAAUUUACUUUGGAUAACAAGGUCAAGGGAAAGGAGAAAGGAUGACGCGUUCAUCAUUAAUAAAGUUUAGUGUUACGAAACGUAUGUAAAAUUGUACAUAAAUGUCUUGAAAUGUUAUAUAAUUUUAUAUUGUAUAAUAUAUGAUUACGUGUUUCUAGUU